AUGUGGAAGAUCAGUUCAUUGGAGUCGGAUGCUGCGGCGAAUUUGGUGGUGCCGUCGAUAUUGGCUGAGGCAGUAUGGAUCUCAGAUUUGGGUUGUAUUCUGGGUUUUGCAUUGGGAAUUUGUUUGGUCGUCGGUUUUGCUCGAUGCCAGAAUGUCAGAUCCAAACGGCGCUCUGAUUUGGCUGCUGCAAUUGCAGCUUUUGCAAAGAUGACAAUUCAAGAUUCAAGAAAAAUUCUACCCCCUGAGUUUUACCCUUCUUGGGUUGUCUUUUCGCAGCAACAGAAGUUGAGUUACAUCACCUUAAAUUUAAAAUGGCUUAAUCAUCACCUUGACAAAAUAUGGCCAUAUGUUAAUGAGGCAGCAUCAGAGCUAAUACGAAGUUCUGUCGAGCCAAUUCUUGAGCAAUAUAGACCAGUAAUCUUUGCUGCUCUCAAGUUUUCCAAAUUGACUUUGGGUAAUGUGGCUCCACAAUUCACAGGAGUUUCCAUGCUUAAAAGUGAGCCUGGGGAAAUUGUUAUGGAAUUAGAGUUGCAGUGGGAUGGAAAUCCUAAUAUAGUCCUUGAUAUUAAAACCAGAGUUGGUGUGGCAUUACCAGUACAGGUAAAGAACAUUGGAUUUACUGGGGUUUUCAGGUUAAUAUUCAAACCACUAGUUGAUGAAUUCCCUUGUUUUGGGGCUGUUUGUUAUUCCUUACGACAAAAGAAAAAUCUGGACUUUACCCUCAAAGUUAUUGGUGGUGAUGUAUCAGCAAUUCCAGGAAUAUCUAAUGCCCUUGAGGAUACAAUUCGAGAUGCUCUUGAAGAUUCUAUCACGUGGCCAGUCCGUCAAAUCAUACCCAUCUUGCCAGGAGAUUAUAGUUCCCUUGAGUUAAAGCCGGUUGGAAGUUUGGAGGUGAAACUCAUACAAGCUAAGGAAUUAACAAAUAAAGACAUUAUAGGAAAAUCUGAUCCAUUUGUGAAUUUAUUUAUUCGGCCACUACGUGCCAGGACAAAAACAAGCAAAACAAUUAACAACCAAAUAAAUCCAAUUUGGAAUGAGCACUUUGAAUUCCUAGUUGAAGAUGUAUCAACUCAACGCUUGACGAUAAGAGUGUCUGACGAUGAAGGAAUUCAAGCUGCGGAACUCAUUGGCUGUGCCCAAAUGCCACUCAGUGAUCUAGUGCCUGGUAAGGUGAAAGAUGUAUGGUUGAAACUCGUGAAAAAUCUGGAGAUCCAAAGAGACCAUAAAAACCGGGGUCAGGUGCACUUGGAGCUCUUGUACUGUCCUUUUGGCACUGAGAGUGCAUUUAUGAAUCCAUUUAACCCUGACUUUGGAUUAACUAGCAUGGAAAAGGCUCUUUUACAAGGAACUAGGGGAAUAGAUUCCGCCCAUCUCGUGAAAUCAGCCUCUCCGACGAAAAAGGAUUUUGUUAUUAGAGGUGUUCUUUCAGUGACAGUAAUAUCUGCAGAAGAUUUGCCAAGUGCUGAUCUCAUGGGAAAAUCUGAUCCUUUCGUUGUACUAAUGAUGAAGAAGUCUGAUCAGAAGAGCAAGACUCGGGUUUUAAAUGACACCUUGAAUCCAGUUUGGAAUCAAACAUUUGACUUUGUUGUUGAGGAUGGGUUACAUGAGUUGCUGAUGUUAGAAGUUUGGGAUCAUGACACGUUUGGGAAGGACAAAAUGGGAAGAUGCAUAAUGACACUCACAAGGGUUAUAUUAGAGGAAGAAGUUACAGAUACCUUUUUCAUAGACGGGACACCAUCAGGAAGGUUGAAUUUGCAUCUCAAGUGGGCGCCACAACCUAUCAUCCGGGACUGA